AUUUGCUGACAGCACAGGAAUACCACUGCCUGCUGCAGCUGCUCUGCCCUGACUUCCCAAUGGAACUCACACAGAAAGCAGCAAGGAUUGUGCUGAUGGAUGAUGCUAUGGAUUGCCUGAUGUCUUUCUCUGAUUUCCUCUUUGCUUUCCAGAUCCAGUUCUACUACUCAGAGUUCCUGGAAAGUGUGGCUGCUAUUUAUCAAGACCUACUGGCUGGUAAGAAUCCAAAUACUGUGAUUGUGCCAACAUCAUCCUCUGGGCAACAUCGGCAGCGCCAGCCCCCAAAUGACUCCAGCCCACUUGAUGGGGUAGAGGCAUCUCUCUUCUACCAGUGCCUAGAGUCCUUGUGUGACAGAUCAAAAUACAGCUGUCCACCUUCUGCUCUUGUGAAGGAAAUGUUGAGUAGUGCACAGAGACUGACCUUCUAUGGAUUCCUUAUGGCACUUGCAAAGGAUCAGGGGAUCAAUAGAGCUCUAGGAGCUUUGCCAGAUAAAGGAGACUUGUUUGUGGACCCUGCCAUGGAUCAUGAACUUGAGAAAUUGGUAGCUCAGGUUUCAGGGCUUUCCAUCUCCGGCCCCACCAGCUCCGGUGGGGAGGCAGCCAAUUUGCCUGUGCGUAACUCCCCCCGCAUGAACUAUCCCUGGAAACCUCUCCACCAUCGGCGAAGAAUGGAUGCGGAGAGUGAAGGCUCCAACGAAGAAACAGACUCCUCUGAAAACUGA